AUGUACUAUCCUUAUGCUCCUCCAACUAUCCUUUCGUUGUCUUUCAGACCGCUAACAUGGCUUCCGACCUCAGAACCCCUCAGAACAGUAUGGUCACUAUACACCCCACCUAUCCUGAAUGCCACUCACAGUCAUGUAGCCCCAGCGUCAAACGCGCCCAUCUCCUCACAUGCUCAGGCACCCACAAUCGGCGACAUUCAAGAAGAGGACCUUGAUCGCAUGGCUGCAGCUUCGAUAUUCGCAAAGAAUCCCGCCCUAGUCUCAAUGAUGCAAUCGAAGCUGGGCAGUCUCGUCGGACGGUCAUCCGGAUACGUCGAAUCGUUACCUGCUCCCGUUCGCCGCCGUGUCACCGGCCUGAAAGGUAUCCAGAAAGACCACGCAAAGCUCGAAGCAGAAUUCCAAGAAGAAGUCCUCCAGCUGGAGAAGAAAUACUUCGCCAAGUUUACUCCCUUGUACGAGAAGCGUGCGGCCAUCGUCAAUGGAGAAGUCGAGCCAACUGAGCCAGAGGUCGAGGCCGGCAAAGACGAGGAGGAGGAAGAGCCAGAGCAAGACACGGAUAAAGACGAGAAGGCUACCGGAGAAGAUAUGAAGGGUAUCCCAGAGUUCUGGCUCACAGCCAUGAAGAACCAGAUCUCUCUGGCUGAGCUCAUCACCGACCGAGAUGAGGAGGCUCUCCGAUCCCUGAUUGACAUCAGAAUGGAAUAUCUGGACCGCCCCGGUUUCCGGUUGAUCUUCGAAUUUGCACCCAACGAUUUCUUCACAAACAAGACCAUCACAAAGACGUACUUCUACAGAGAAGAGAGUGGUUAUGGUGGUGAUUUCAUCUACGACCAUGCUGAGGGUGACAAGAUUGACUGGAAAGCUGGCAAGGAUCUGACGGUCCGAGUGGAGAGCAAGAAGCAGAGAAACAAGAACACUAAGCAAACCCGGGUCAUCAAGAAGACCGUGCCCACGGAGUCCUUCUUCAACUUCUUCUCCCCUCCAGUCGCCCCUACCGACGAGGACGACGUGGCAUCUGACAUCGAGGAGAGACUCGAGCUCGACUACCAGUUGGGCGAGGACAUCAAGGAGAAGCUCAUUCCCCGUGCCAUUGACUGGUUCACGGGUGAGGCACUUGCGUUCGAAGAGUUCGAAGAUGCUGAGGAUGGCGAGUUUGAGGACGAGGAUGAUGAAGAUGAGGAGGACGAGGAAGAGGCUGAGUCCGAUGAAGAGGACGAAGAAGAGGGUGGCAAGCCUCGCUCUCAACAAGCCUCCGAGUGUAAGAAUCAGAAAGGCGCCGACGCAUUUGCUGCAGACCGCCCAGUGAGCGGCCGCCUGGGAUGCUGCCAUGGCGCAUUGCCAUCUACACGUCCAGCACCAUUGCCAACCAUGGCGAGCUGGGAAGUCGGCACUCGGGCCUGGUUCCCUAACCAGGCCGAGGGUUUCAUUCCUGGCGAGCUGGCAGGGAAGAAGUCUCUAGGAGAUGGGAAAGUAGCCCUGGUAUUCAACCUGGCCGAUGAAUCCACGCAGACGGUCGAAACCACCGAGGCGGCACUCCUCGAUACGCAUCAGAAUGCCACGCUACCACCUCUCAUGAACCCUCCCAUGUUCGAAGCCGCCGAAGACUUGACCAACCUAUCCCACCUGAACGAGCCUGCGAUUCUGCAGGCCAUCAGAUUACGCUAUGCGCAGAAGGAGAUAUACACAUACAGUGGCAUCGUGUUGAUAGCGACAAAUCCUUUUGCACGCGUGGACUCCCUCUAUGUGCCGCAAAUGGUACAGGUGUAUGCGGGCAAGCAAAGAGCAUCACAAGCACCGCAUCUGUUCGCCAUCGCGGAAGAAGCGUACACGGACAUGCUGAGGGAUUCCCGAAAUCAGACGGUGGUUGUGUCUGGUGAGUCAGGAGCCGGCAAAACAGUCAGUGCCAAAUAUAUCAUGCGUUAUUUUGCGACCAGAGGCGCCCCUGGGCAGGCAAGCAAGACGCGCGCAGACGCCAUCAGCGAAACCGAAGAGCAGAUCCUCGCUACCAAUCCGGUCAUGGAAGCUUUUGGUAACGCGAAGACCACGCGCAACGACAACUCGUCUCGAUUCGGCAAGUACAUCGAAAUCAUGUUCGACAAGCAGACCGACAUUAUCGGUGCCAGGAUAAGGACAUAUUUGCUGGAACGUUCGCGACUUGUGUUUCAACCACUAAGGGAGAGAAAUUACCACAUCUUUUAUCAAUUGGUAGCUGGAGCUACCACUGAGGAGAGGCAAGACCUCGGUCUGCUUUCCGUCGAAGAAUUUGACUAUCUGAACCAAGGAAAUGAGCCGAUGAUAGAAGGAGUGGACGAUGCUGCUGAGUUUACAGCCACGAGGAAGUCUCUGAGUACAAUCAAUGUCUCCGAACAUACACAAAAAGAGAUCUUCCGCAUUCUCGGCGCACUCCUACAUAUUGGCAACAUCAAAAUUACGGCAACACGAACGGAUUCAUCACUUUCUUCCACGGAGCCCUCACUUACGCAGGCAUGCAGCAUUCUGGGCAUCGAUGCUGGAGACUUCGCCAAAUGGACUGUCAAGAAGCAGCUAAUUACCCGAGGAGAAAAGAUCACCUCCAAUCUCACGCAACAACAAGCCACCGUUGUCCGGGAUUCAGUAGCUAAAUUUAUUUACUCGAGUCUCUUUGACUGGCUGGUCGAAACCAUCAACCAUGGCUUAGCAACAGAAGAGGUCUUACAGAGAGCCAGCACGUUCAUCGGUGUACUUGAUAUUUACGGUUUCGAGCAUUUUGCCAAAAACUCCUUCGAACAAUUCUGCAUCAACUACGCCAACGAGAAGCUGCAGCAAGAGUUCAAUCAGCACGUCUUCAAGCUGGAACAGGAAGAAUACGUGCGUGAGCAGAUCGACUGGACAUUUAUCGACUUUUCUGAUAAUCAGCCUUGCAUUGAUCUCAUCGAAGGAAAACUUGGUGUCCUGUCACUUUUAGACGAAGAGUCACGGCUGCCUAUGGGGUCAGACGAACAAUUUGUCACCAAGCUGCACCAUCACUUCGCGGCUGACAAGCAGAAAUUCUACAAGAAACCGCGCUUCGGCAAAUCCGCCUUUACAGUCUGCCACUACGCUCUGGACGUCACAUACGAGUCUGAUGGCUUCAUCGACAAAAAUCGCGACACCGUACCAGAUGAGCAGAUGGAAGUGCUUAGGAAGUCUUCGAACGCGUUCUUGGUUGAGGUGUUGGAUGUUGCUACUGCGGUCAGGGAAAAGGACUCUGCGCAAUCAGGCACAAAGACGGUUGCUCCCGGAGGUGGACGUCGGGUUGGCGUCGCUGUUAACCGCAAACCUACGCUAGGAGGCAUCUUCAAGAGCUCCCUCAUUGAACUGAUGCAAACCAUCAACUCUACCGAUGCCCACUAUAUCCGGUGUAUCAAGCCCAAUGAAGCCAAGGAAUCGUGGAAAUUUGAAGGUCCAAUGGUUCUGAGUCAACUCCGAGCUUGCGGCGUUUUGGAAACCGUGCGCAUCAGCACUGCAGGUUAUCCUACGAGAUGGACAUAUGAAGAGUUCGCCCUCAGAUAUUAUAUGCUUUGUCCAUCCUCAGAAUGGACAACCGAGAUUCGGCAAAUGGCGCAGAACAUCCUGGUUAAAGCUUUGGGAGCAACAGCUCACCAGAAAGGUGAAAAGUACCAGCUCGGCCUGACCAAAAUCUUUUUCCGUGCAGGAAUGCUGGCAUUUCUGGAGAAUCUACGAUCGGCUCGUCUCAAGGAAUGCGCUAUAAUGAUCCAGAAGAAUCUACGCGCGAAGUACUACCGCCGCAAAUACCUCGAUACUCGGCAAUCCAUUCUUGUCUUUCAAGCAGCGACUCGGGCAUUCUUGGCCAGACGUAGAGCUGAGGAGACGAGACAAGUCAAAGCAGCCACCGACAUUCAGAGAAUCUGGAGAGGACACAAAGCUCGCAAGAACUACAAGCAGGUCAGAGGCGACCUUAUACUUUUCGAGUCCUUUGCGAAAGGCUUUCUUUGCAGAAGAAAUAUCCUCGAAACACGGAUUGGAAACGCAGCCAUCAAGAUCCAAAGAGCUUUCCGCUCAUGGAAGUCCCUACGUUCCUGGAGACAGUACCGCAGGAAUGUGGUCAUUGUUCAAAACCUGCACCGUGGCAGGACGGCCAGGCGCGAGUAUAAGACGUUGCGUGAGGAGGCCCGGGAUCUCAAACAGAUCUCAUAUAAACUCGAAAACAAGGUUGUGGAGCUUACUCAGUCGCUGGGAGCCGUCAAGCGGGAAAACAAGACAUUGUUGUCGCAAUUGGAGAACUACGAGGGUCAACUGAAGUCUUGGAGAUCCAGACACAACGCCCUCGAGACACGGUCGAGGGAGCUGCAGACAGAGGCCAAUCAAGCCGGUAUUGUAGCAGCGCGAUUGAGUGCUUUGGAGGAGGAGCACACGAAGUUACAAGCCAGCCAUGAUGAACAUAUGGGCAAUGCGAAGAGGCUUCAAGAGGAAGACCGAAAACUCCGAGAAUCGUUGCAAGCAUCCAAUACCGAGCUUGAGAAACUGCGAACAACAGUCUCUACGCAUGAGGGCGAGAGAGGUACUCUGCGACAACAGAUCAACGAACUGCAGGAUCAAUUAGAAUUGGCGAGAAGGGCACCACCCCCAGUGGCCACGAACGGAGUCAACGGAGACUACGCAAACGGAACUCCACCAGUCAACGGCCUGAUCAAUCUUGUAUCAUCCAAGAAGCCUCUCAAGAGACGAAGUGCUGGAGCCGCCGAACGCAGUGAAACCGAUCGGUAUAGCGGAGCCUACAGUGCUCGACCUGUCUCAAUGGCUAUCGACACACACGUGAAGGCAAUGUCUGGCUCAACGUUCGAACCCGGUCUGGACAGUGUCGAGAUGGAGCUUGAGAACCUACUUGCCCAAGAAGACGAGCUGAACGAGGAAGUCACUAUGGGCCUCAUCAGAGGAAUCAAGAUCCCUCAACCCGGCGCAAACCCUCCACCUACCGACAAAGAAGUCCUGUUCCCUUCGUACCUCAUCAAUCUCGUCACCUCUGAGAUGUGGAAUAACGGUUUUGUCAAAGAGUCUGAACGUUUCCUUGCCAAUGUGAUGCAGUCCAUACAACAAGAAGUCAUGCAACAUGAUGGAGACGAGGCUAUCAGUCCUGGAGCAUUCUGGCUGUCCAACGUCCACGAGAUGCUAUCCUUUGUUUUCCUUGCCGAAGACUGGUAUGAAGCACAAAAGACGGACAAUUAUGAAUAUGACAGAUUACUCGAGAUCGUCAAACAUGACUUGGAAAGUCUUGAGUUCAACAUCUAUCACACAUGGAUGAAGGUGUUAAAGAAGAAAUUGCAGAAGAUGAUUGUGCCUGCAAUCAUCGAAUCUCAAUCUCUUCCUGGUUUCGUCACAAAUGAGAGCAACCGCUUCCUUGGAAAGCUCCUACCUUCGAACAAUACCCCCGCUUACAGUAUGGACAACCUUCUGAGUCUAUUGAACAACGUCUUCAAAGCCAUGAAGGCUUAUUAUCUUGAAGACUCGAUCAUCACGCAAACAGUGACUGAACUACUCCGCCUGGUUGGAGUCACGGCCUUCAACGACCUCUUGAUGCGCCGCAAUUUCUUGUCAUGGAAACGAGGACUACAGAUCAACUACAACAUUACACGAAUCGAGGAAUGGUGCAAGAGUCAUGACAUGCCUGAAGGAACGUUGCAGCUCGAACAUCUCAUGCAAGCAACCAAGCUCCUACAACUCAAGAAGGCGACGCUCAACGACAUCGAGAUCAUCCAGGACAUUUGCUGGAUGCUGUCACCCAACCAGAUCCAGAAACUGCUGAACCAGUAUCUUGUGGCGGACUAUGAACAGCCCAUCAAUGGAGAAAUCAUGAAAGCCGUGGCUUCUCGUGUCACCGAGAAGGGUGACGUCCUCCUCUUGGCUCCGGUCGACAUGGAAGAUAGUGGCCCCUACGAGAUUGCUGAACCAAGAGUCAUUACCGCCUUGGAGACAUAUACUCCUUCAUGGCUCCAAACACCGCGACUAAAGCGACUAGCGGAAAUUGUCUCUGCACAAGCCAUGGCUCAGCAGGACGGCGGCAUCAUCGCUGAUGAUGGACUAGAUGAUGGUGAAGCCGAAGCCGCAGUCGUGUGA